GUAUUGGAUUUGCUGAAUCUUACAUGCUUAAAAAUGAACCUUCGAUGGUACAAAUUAUUUUAAUUGCAAGUGUAAUUUUAUUUUCAUAUUUUGUAUAUUGGGCGGUAGUUAAAACAAAAUGCCGUGGAAAAACAAACUCAUCUCAUCCAAGGCCAAGAACCGAAUUAAUUACAGUUGACAUUGAUAAUGAAAUGUCACAACGGCAACACGAUAGAGAAAUUAACUUCGUAAUAGAUGAUACGCGAUUUGUACCUAAGACACCGCCACCAACUUAUAUAAAAACGAUACAACAUUUGGGUUUACCUCCACCAUACACUCCAGAAUUAGGCUCAAUAAACAAUGAAACUGUGAUUACGGAAAAUUAUUCAAGUUCAAUAGGAGAGGGAACAACUUUAUUCAUUUGA